AUGGAGGGAGAGCCAGAUGAGUCAGAUGAGGAUCUUCAGGGAGAGGGCAAGCCCAGGGUGUUGUGGGAGAAGUGCAUUCAGCAGAGCAUCUUUGUCGACCUGAGUGAGGAUGAAAGUAUCCACCUGAGUGAUCUGGAGAGUUCUUUAGCCCUUCAUCUGUCCCAGGUAGAAUCUGCUGCAUCUGAGGCCAGCAUUCAUCUCAGUGGGAGUUCAGAGCUUUCAGCCUUGGAUGUUUCCUCCUCAGAGUUAAGCACUGUCAGCAGUCAGAGUGAGAGGCCAAACAGCAAGAACAAGAGCAACUUGGUGUAUGUGUCAGCCAUAAGACCAAACACAAUGCAAGAUAAGCCCCUCAAAAAAAUAGGGUAUGAAGACGCAGGGCAAAAUACAAGCGAUGAAGAGCAGGAUGACCUCCCAUAUGAUGGGGACCUUGGAAGCUCCUACUUCAACCAGAUGGGUAACUCUGAGGGAGAAGGAAGUUCAGAUGGAAGAAAAACUGCUCAUGCAAGCCCUGAUAUGCAAGAAUGUUAUAAAUCUGAGAGAGAUGGCUUCAUUGAAGGCUUGGUUUACAUAGAGAAACCAACAACUCUGUCACAAGUGGAUGCCAACACCAAAGAGGAUAACAUUUUUAAAGCUUUAAAGCCAAGUGAGUUUGCUUCAUCAUGCCCUGCAGACAUUAACCAGGUGCUGUUGCGACAUUUUUCCCGGGAAGAGCUUUUGCAUCCAGGAAGGCUGCUUGAAGCAGAGACUCUGCCAGAGGUUUCCCUGCUGGAGAGCAUGGAUGACACAGCUUUGAGCAAAGCUCCAUCACAAAACUGUGUCACAACUGUUAGUAAACAAUUAGACAGAAAUUCUGGGAUUAAUCAGAGUUUCUGUGUUUUGGGGUCUGAUGAGAUGACUCAAAGAGAAACACAAAGCUUAAGUCUUGAGGAGGAAGAAGAAAGUAGUGCUGAUAACAAAAGCAUCUCUACCAGCUCUGCAACUCUAAACUCCACACAAGGAAUCCAGCAUGCAAGUGCUGAAGAUGUAGAAAACUCAGAAAAGGCAGAAGAGGAUGAACCGGUGCAACGAGUCCCACUUGUACGCACCAAGUCCUUCACAGAGAUGAAAUAUGGCCAAGGCCAGGUACAUUACCCGCUCCCUGACUUCUCUAAGGUGGCCCCCAAAGUAAAAAUCCCCAAAGCUUCUAGUGGAACGACCAAACCUGUUCCCCAGUGUCCCAUCACCAUGCACAAAGCCCAGUCCUCUCCGGAGAUGUUGAAUGUGAUCAGCAGAGUCCUGGAGGAUUCUGUUCAGCUGUCAGAGAAUCCCUACAUGGUCAAGGAUGAGGACAAACAGACCCCUCCUGCAAUGGUGCAUCACCUACAGGCUGAAUAUGAUAAAUUACUCACCAAAUAUGCUGAGGCAGAGAACCUUAUCGAUCAAAUGAGAAUUGGAGCUAAUACUCAGCCGUCCUCUGAGCUCAUGCUUUAUUUUGACGAUGAAGAUGAUCAAUCAGAAAACAGGCCUGUAGGUGAGGGAGGUCACCUUGGAUCCUUCACUCCUCUCCUUCCCCCAACAAAGGUCCUUGAUGGAAAAGGAGAGAAAAACUCUCAGAGCCACUUUAAGGAGUUGAAUGCAGAUUCUUCCAGCCAGCCUGUUAAAGAUCCCAGUGAAGGGGAGAAAAUGACUGCAGAGCUGAGGGACAUCAUCAGCCAGUUCAUGCAGACUGUGGAAGAAUUUAGAUCAAGUGUAAGCAACAUGUCAGUGAGCACAGCGGAGCAGCAAAUGAUGCUGAGGAGCCUCAUGGAGUCUCAGGACCAGCUGGAGAGGAAAUACAUCUGUAAGAAGGAUGAGCACAGAGCUCUGGAGAUGCAAAACUACAUGGGCCUGUCCAGGAACACUGGCACCUUUGACCCCAACAGGCUGGUGGAAGGAGAUAUAUUCAGGAUAGGAAUGCACCUUGAGGACAUAAAGGAGAUGAUAGAUAAAAACGUGCGUGAGCAGAUUUCUCCACCGCACUCAUCCUCCACCCCCACACCCAUGACAGAGACCCAGCACGUGAAGCUCAGUCCUCUCCGCAUGCCCACACCUUCCCCCCCUCCAUCUCUGCAUGAGGGACAAAGUUCAGGUUUUUCCACUUGGGGGCUGGAAAUGGAGAACGAUGAAGAAAUUAAGGGUGAAGAAAAGGAUGCCAGAGUGGCCUGUGGAGGUAAUGGACUACAGCAAAGUGGUGAAGUCAGUGCAGCUGGCUUUUCACUGAGAAAUACUGAACACACCAGCUGCCAUUCAAGGAGCUCACAGGGCUCUGUGGAGAGAGUGGAAAUCAACACAUUGGAAACAGAAGAGGAGAGGAGCUCUGCCUUGUCAGAUGUGAUCGACCACAGCAACAUCAUAGCAUAUUUGAAUAGAGUCAGCUUAUCUUCUGAACCAACACAGCGGGCACCUGACAGUCAUAGCACCCCAGUCCUGCAUGCUGCAGAGGAGUGUGAUCUGGGGUACUGUUUGAGUCUAGCUGUGGAGGUCUCCUCUUCUUCUGCCGCACCCAGAGACUCAGCCACCCACAAGCUCUCGAAGCCUCCCAUCAACACUUCAUCUGUAUCACAGAGGAUUGUAAGCCCAGAGACUGACAGUGGGUUUGGAAGUUCUUACUUAAAUCAGUCAGGAACUGGAUCAUUUCAAACAAAUCUGCACACAGAAAGUGUGCAGUCACAGAACGAUGGUUUAAGCAGUGCAGACAGUGAAGGCUCCUGCUCUAACCUGCAGACAGCCAUCCAUUCAGCUAGCCUCAGCAGCAAACACGGGGCUUGUCCCCAUCCAUCUGUCAAAACACAGUCCUCUGGUGCAGCAGAUGCAGUGGAGAGGUGGGUGGAGAGCACCACAAAGGAGCCUCCAGUCCGUCUGCAGGGAUCUGAAUGCAGUCUGCCUGCUCAGCUCCAUCACCACGUAUCUGAACCAAUACUCAGUGUCAGCAUGGAUACAGAAGAGAGAGUCAGCCCACUGACGUCCUGCUCCUGUAAUAGUGAAGCUAUCCUGGCUUUGCAGUCAGAAGUGUCCAGACUGAAGAAAGACCUUGAGAAAGGCCUGGUCCAGCUGCCUCAUCUAGCACAGAAGAUGGACUAUCUGACCUCCAGGUACAAACAGGAUCGUCAAGAGCGCAGGUCGAAAUCCAGACCCAGAACCCAACUCAGACUAUCAUGCAACAGCGUGUGGAAGCCAUUGAGUAGCAGACAGAGUGGGAACAAUCUCAGUUCCAGUCAGAUGAGGAUAGAGGACUGGAUCUCUUCAGACAUGGACCCCAGCAAGAGCAAAGGUACAGACAGUGGUGACACCGCUGGCUCUGAGACCAUGUUGCAGUUCCACAGUUCACCAGGAGGUGGUAGGAGAGGCAGCGACAGUGUGCUCUCUUCACCUGAGCUUCACAACAAACCGAAAUCCAACAAAGGGUCAGGUAAAAUAAGCCCGAUAAAAACCUCAGGACUGACCAGUUCCUUUUUAAAAGGAGGGAAAGAAGUGGCUUCUGGUGGCCAUAGCAGGCAGAGAUCGUCAUUUCUAGUCAUGGACAGUUUUUCCUACAAGGAGAGUUGGUCUCUUUCUUCCUCGCCAUCUCUUCAGAAGCCCCUCCUCCAGAUCAACUAUGGCUCCUCCAGCAGCCUGCCAGCAAGUUAUAAGGUGAAGGAGCCGCCGCUGCAGUACACAUCGCAUCACAGAAAACGCUCCACCCAGUCAGACACAGCACUACUGCCCAGUAACGUGUACUUCCAGCGAACACUGAGCCCAGUAUCAGCGCCCUCAAAGUCAGGCAUCAGGACAAGCAGGCGUAAAGGAAGCAAGGAAGAGGAGAUGAGCAGGGCUCUGGACCAGGCCAUUGAAGUCGCCCUCAGCAUGAAGAAGACCACAGACAGGAUGGCAGAGAGACUAUCAGCUGAUCUAGCCAAGGCCAAACUCCACAGGAAAAUGCUCAACAUGCAGCCACAAGGGGGCAGAAAACACCAUGCAUUGUAA